AUGGAUCUGCCAGAGGAGGUGGUCUUGGCCACCCUGAAAGCUGCGAGUGCGGCCGACCGGUCCGAUGAGCUCGGGCUGCGUGUGUUGGUGCUGGAAAGCGGGCUGGCCACGUUUGAACUUAGGUCGUUGCCGCAGCUAUUAGAGCUGGAGGGUCCUCACGAGGUGGCGAGCAUCGAAGAGGAUCCUCACGUGUCAGACGCAGGUGCUCGGCUCGUGCGGCAUGCCUUGGGCGAGCACUUGUCGCACGUCAGGCACCUACCGCUGGUGACGGGAGAGGAGACCACGCUACUGGAGCUGUUGCAGUCGCUCCGCGAGGGCUACGAUCUCCCCUCCUUUGACUUGGUCGUUCUUGGAGGGCGAAAUGUGCAGGGCUGCGUGCUAGAAGUGCAGGAUCUCCUAAAGAGUCAAGCGCUCCGCCCACGUGGGGUGGUCUUGGCAAUCUUUGAUGAUGAUGCUGCCCAAAUGUACUUGCAUGAGAUCGGGCCGGAGUUCGACUCAGUGGUCACCGACGACCCAGAUGGAGCCACCACGGUGAUGUCCGUUUGGCAACGGGAAAGGAAGGAACUUUGA